AUAAUAUUAUGUAUUCGCUAAUCGAGAUUAACGUCACGGAUACAAUGCUCGAAGCUAUCGCAGUAUAAAGCAAUUAUGAAUAAAAGCUAAUUACACGUUACGGCUGUAACUGAAUGGAUUUUCACACGAGGUAAUCAAAAAAUUGACAGAGAGCCCUGAUUGGUUGAUUAGCGAGUCAGGCGACGUAUAACGCGAUUUGAUUGGUCCAUGUAAAGCGUGCGGUGUAUCCAAGGAGCACGCGUUACCAACCGAUGUAUACUGAACGCAACUCUAAUACAAUCAUAAGUGGACAACAUUUCUCGCGUUACGUUUUGAUACGUAAUGAGUGCUGAUAGGGAAAAGAAAAACAAAGCCAGCUUUCGAAAGAAAAUAUCGUUGAAACUUACCGGUGACGAAUCCUCCGCGGUGGAGUGCCACGCUCCUCACUGAGACAGUUGCACCAUGGCGCAACAUGAAGAAUUCGUAUACCGACACACAACACUACCUUCGAGUUUCGCUGUGGCCUGCGCGGCGAAGGUUCUUUAUCGAUAGGGAAGAACCUUUCAGUAACACUCACCGUGCCUAGAGGUCAGGGUCUCACAGAAGAACGCGAAAGAGGAAUAAUGGUUCAAUCGAGAGGAAAGUGAAGUCCCAUCCGUCAUCCUGGCGCGUGGCAAACCAGGCCAGAGGCCUGGAUCCUCAUCCUCCUCGUCCUCGUCCACGGAGAGGCUCCAAAGGAUGCCAGGAUCGGCUCAGGAGAGGCCGCGUGCUCAACGGCUGACAGAUAUUGAGCCUCACGCUACAAAAGGAUUAGGAUGUAACCGAACGGACGAUUUUAGUACACCAGUCAGUUCUGGCAGCAACAUGGGCAGUAUAGCACGAUUUCCAAAGUUGGACGAGUGUGCCCACUUUCAUUACGAACACGUUGAACUCUGCCCUUUGGAGGUUUCACUGAGCGAUGGUACGAAUGAUUCAGACAGCUACGCGGUUAGAGUAACGUCCGGAGAUGCAUGCUGGACCCUACAACGAUCUUAUGAUAAUUUUGUUAUGUUUGACAAGCAAUUGCAUCGUUGCAUAUUUGACAGGAAGUUCUCUUCCUUAACCAAGCUUCCAGAUGCACGGCCAAAAACCACCUGUGAUAUACUGAGGGACUAUUUGACUAGGUUCUCGCAGUUAAAUCAUGAAGGCCUAAAUUGCGGUCCUGUGUUAAAUUGGUUGCAGCUAGAUAAUAGAGGAAGAAGAAUUCUCGUGCCAGAGUCAGAUUCAUGCCCUAUUAACACCCCUGCGGUAGCGGCGGCUUACGCAGUGAGACCUUACGUGGCUCAGGCACCGGACGAGAUUUCCUUUCAGGUUGGAGACAUGAUUUCUGUAAUAGACAUGCCUCCGCCAGGGGAAAGCACAUGGUGGCGUGGAAAGCAUGGCUUCGCUGUUGGGUUCUUUCCAGCCGAAUGCGUGGCUGUAAUUGGGGACAAAGUUCCACGACAUCUGACCGUGUCGACGACUGUCAGGUCGAAGUUACCCGUGAAACCAGUGCUUAGAAAACACGGGAAACUAAUCGCCUUUUUCAGGUCGUUUAUACUGAACAGGCCGUCAAGGAGGCGAUUGAAACAGUCAGGAAUCUUGAGGGAACGCGUAUUUGGUUGUGAUUUAGGGGAACAUCUCUUGAACUCUGGUCAAGAUGUGCCCACUGUUUUAACGUGCUGCGCCGAGUUCAUCGAGAAUCACGGCUUGGUUGAUGGCAUAUACCGUCUAAGCGGCGUGACAUCGAACAUUCAGAGAUUACGAAACGCGUUCGACGAGGAUCGUGUUCCUGCAUUGCAUUCCGAUGAAAGUAUUCUACAAGACAUUCAUUCGGUGGCGUCGUUAUUGAAAAUGUACUUCAGGGAACUACCGAAUCCACUUUGUACAUACCAACUUUAUUCUACUUUCGUAAGCGCAGUUCAGGCCAACACCGAUGCAGAGAGGUUAAGGCGGAUGAGGGACACCGUUAGGAAAUUACCACCACCUCACUAUAGAACCUUAGAGUAUCUUAUGCGCCACUUAGUGAGAGUCGCAGCGCGCGGUGCGGAGACCGGUAUGACGCCACGGAACGUAGCCAUUGUCUGGGCACCGAAUCUCCUGAGGUGCAAAGAACUGGAAGUCGGCGGCGUAGCGGCCUUGCAGGGCGUCGGCGUACAAGCAGUUGUUACGGAGUUUUUAGUUUGUUACGCGGAAUUAAUUUUCGGGGACGGUCCGGUCGGUAGGCCAAAAUCAUUGGCGAUCACGACGCCCGCGAGAUUGCUCAGCCUGGAGGAGGCUCGAAACAGAAGUCUGAGAGGGGAACCGGAUUAUAUAGAAGUGGGCGCCGGCCCAGCUGGGUUACCAUUACAGUACCACACGGUCAUAGAGUUGCCACGGAAAAGAAAUGGCUCGAAACGUUCACCCUCGUUGAACUGGAGAGCUUUGUUCGGUAGAGGUGGCUUGGGUGCCAGAGGAAAACCGAGACAAGUUGGCACGCCACCCCAAACAGAAACGGUGCCAAGUUCCUUAAACUCCUUACGACGGUUAAGACCCGUGAAAAGUGCUGAUAGUUUGGACGGCGAGGACGGUCUUGGUCCUCUACUAGGACCACCGCCGCCCAGACCCUGUGGGCACAGUCGGUCGGUCUCCCACGACUCGUAUUUCGACCAUUUGGCGGACGCUCCGAACGCGGCAUCGCCCUUGGAUUUAUCGGAGAUACAGCUCAACUUCGAUCUGGAGGAACGCGAAAUGCGAAUGUUCUCGGAGGAGGAGAGCGGAGGCGUUGCGUCGGUAGAAGCAUCUCCGCGACGACAACGGACCGAGGGAACGCAAAACACUGCUACCACCGGUGGAUCGAAGAGAAAGAGAUCACGCUUGGAAGAAAGACUGCAAUGCGACGUCGAGUUGCGAUUCAUCGAUAGCCAAAGUCCUGAUCAGGUGAUGGUAUCCGCAGACAUUCACAGUAUGGAUACACCGUCUCCCUUACCUACGCCAGGAUACCUUCCACUGUUGUCCGAAGCCUCAACACCGCUCACACCUGCCACAUUACACGGAACCCCGCACUCUGGAUCACCUAUACCAGCCAACAGUCCUAGAAUAAGUUUCCGAAGUUUUACUUUACCGUUAGAGAUCGACGACGAGCAAGGCAACGCGAACAAACUGAACAGAACUAGCGUGUCUUCCGAUAAAUCAUCCGACUCUAGUCAUAGGUUAUCUGUAAACUUAGAAGGACAGAGUAACGCUAAAUCCUGCGAGAGGAUAAUGUCGUACGACAAACAUGAAGAUAUGUACAGCGGUAAAGAGUCUGCCAAGGCUCAGAAAACCUCGAAGAAACCGAAUCUAGUAGUAUCGAACGUAGUCGACCAGGAGAUGACACCUUGUGAUAGGCUAGCGUCUCACCUUAGCGAGACAGAGCCCAAUAAAAUUACGUUACCGUGCAAAGACGGAGGUAGUAGAUCGAGCUCGUGUCCUGUGGAUGAGAGCAAAUUGUCCCGCACCGACAGCAGAGAUGCAUUGGACGUACGGAAACACGAUACACCGAACAGCAAGUCCGUGAGCUCGCAAAACGACGAUGCUAUGGCUGGGAAUUCAAACGCACAUAGAAAUGAAUUGUCGGGACUGCCAUUGUCCAGCGCGACUGAUCUCGAUUCCUCUAUGUCCUAUGAACAAACCAUCGAGGAUCUACCAGACUCUGGUUUCGUGAUUUGCGACAGUUCCGACAAGAUGUUUACCAACACCGAAACGCCGCAAAUGGUAUCGAAUACUAAUGAUUCCGGCGAGUGGGUGAUAGUGGAGAGAACCGGUUCGAUCACGACGCCUACUAGCGAAUCGAGCAGUCCAAAGGAUCCGUUGGAUGGCACCGUGAAUCCCGCGAUAGCAACAGACGCACCACAGUUGCGAUCAAUGUCGGAGAACGUUUCCAGGACGUCGUUGGAUCUCACCAUGGGCUCGACCCUAGACACCGACACGUCUUGUAUCGGUGUUAGCGAUCUGACCGAGAGUCCUGUUCUUCCUCAGGAGCCUGGGGGCAUGACUUUCGACGUGGCCGACAGCAGGGAACUCGAUGAACAGAACAUCGCUGCGCAAAGGACAUCCGGGGCUUACGAUUGUCAAGUGAAUUUCAGGGCGGUCGAUUCUGGUCGUAAUUUCUCAAAUAUCGUUCACUCGUCCAUGUGCGACCAGGAUAACGGGAAUGAGAAGAUGUGUACCGUCAGCAUGACGGACAUUCGCUUGAAUCAGAAACCUAACGAAAUGGAGCACGAGAUCACCGCAUGUUACAAUCAGCUGGACAACGCGAAAGCGUUCAACAGAAACGAGGGUCCAACGAAGAAGGAUCUCGAAGACGAGGAAGUUUUCGAUAAUUCUCAACACAGCUCGAGGAGUCUAGAUUUCAAGGAACAGGAUAUCCGACGUUCCUUGCAGUUGCAUCCGAAACCGCAGUACCAGAGCGAUCGUCGUUCGUUCGCCAACGAGUCGAAUAAGAACCAGGAUCUUGCCGACAAUAAUACUCAACGUUGUCAAAAUCAGAAGCCAGAAAAGUGCCAAAGUUUCGAGUAUGUCUCACCAAAGGAACCGGCUAAGACCAGUCAACAGCACAAACAAUUCUCACCGCGCAACGACGAGAACUCGAAAUGUACCAAUGUGAAAAGCAACCAGCCUCAGGAACACAUCGAAGUGGUGAUCCCGUCGGAGAGCGCGGCGGAACCCAGCGAGAUAGCGCAUCAUCCAGAGGGGGCAUCCGAAACAACAUCUUUGAACUCGUCCUGCACGUUCUCCAACGCAUCUUCUCCAGUGGACGAUUCCAUAGUUCUUCGCGACACGGCAACUAUACUGCAAGAGCUAGCGCUUCAAAGAUUAUCAGGAGGCAUGAUGGGUGGUGAUCUGUCCAUACCUCCUAGAAGAAGGUACGAAGCAGAGAGCGUCAAGGAUAGAAGGAGCUUCGACUCUGAGAUUGGAAGAGAGAUAGUCCGCGAACGGAAGAUGCGACAGGAACUGGACUCAGCACGGGGAAAGUCCGAGGAACCACCCGUGAACAACGCACCGCAUUUGCCACCUUGUUUGAGGGCACGUCACGCGAGAGCUACUCGUGCGUCGUUGAGUCGAUCACUAGACGAGGCCAAGUUCAAUAAAAUGACCGAGGACGCGUGCUUGCCCGUGAAACAGGCCACAGAGGACGCGCAGCACAGCUCCACACCCAACGUUGGUGCCAGCGCGAAUAACUCUGGUAAUUCUGAUAAGUCUCAUUUGAAGAACCUCGGUGGUUUGGACCUGGGCGAUCCCCAAUGCAGAGAAAGGAUAGAAAAGUACAAAGAGGAGAGAAGGACGUUCUUGAGGGAUAAGUACAGGUCGGAAAGCUUUCGUGGGAUGCUGUCGAAGGCGGAGGACGACGGAGAGCAAGCUCUUCUAACUAGGUUAAAGCAAAGAGCCUCUAGACCCUCCCUUCAUUGAUAUUAACGUAAUAUUUAUGAAACGCUCUGUCGAUUGUCUCGCGUAAAUGCCUCUAACGCAUCGCGCGAUAAAUUAUAUGUGUAACUCCAGUGAACUGUUGACUGCGCUGAUUGCGUUUAACCCUUUGCCCUCAGAAUUUCUUGAGUCAGAGAGGAUACUAGUGUGUUCUAUCAUUUUAAAGUAUACGGUGCGAUGAAAGCAAACAAAAAUUAAUGGCGGUAAGGUGAAAGUACCAGUAGUAGACACUUUUAAAUUUUUCUUUUUCUUGGAAGUAAUAUUUAAUUUGUUUCUUUGAUUUUUUACCAAAUCACUGAAUUAAGCAGUGGCUUUUCUUUUAUCUCUCUAUACGAGUAUUGCUGCUAUACAGGUCGGUUAACAAGAAGCCGAUUUCUGUUGCUGCGGUUUUUCAGCGGGAUAUGACAAGCCCAAUUGAUACACAUAUUUAUGCUGUUUACAUAGUGUUCUUUUUAAAUCGUUUUCUUUUGAAAGAAGUUGGAGUAUCAUUAUCGUCAAUUUGUAUUAGCGUAGUUUAUGAUAAGUCAGAAGAAAGAUAUAAUAGAAUGAACUAAUAUAAAACUACUAAAAAAAUUAUACGUAGGACAUAGAAAUUUUAUAUAAUUUUUUAUUUGAGCAUAUUUCAGUGUAUAAUUGCGUACAUUUGUAUGGUUUAAAUAGCAUUCCACUUGGUUACAUUAUAUUUAAAGUUACCAUUAUGUUAUGUAUUUAUAUUUAAUCCUUUAUUCUUGGGACAGAAUAAUUGUUAUUUAUUUUCCAGAAAUUGCCCGCUACUGGUGCGAUUACCGUACUUUAUGCUGCUGUAGCUGAUACGAAGACUACCAAAUUUUAAUUCAGAAUACAUCUUUAGUUGUUCAAGCCGUUUACGACUUUGUAAUAAUAUGUUCAUUAUUCCCAGAGUUACUUUUUUAUUGUAACUUUGUUACUAAUCAUGAAUACCAUUAUGAGUAGAUAAGAACCAUGAAUUGAAAUCUCUUUAAUUACAAAUCACGUUUAACGGACGAUUGUAUUUAAACAAAUCUAUUCAAAGACCAUGAAUAAUAAAAGAAAUAUUUUGUCCGCGUU